AUCUAACUCAUCGGUGCCAUUCAAGCCCUCCAAGCAUGGGACGUACAGAGAAAUCACAAGGCCUUGCACCUCCUGCAAUCCGCAAAGACAUCCGCGCAAAGCAAGCACGUCACAUUAUCAACAAAGUCGUACCAGCGAUACUAGCUUCAAACGCGAGAGCAAGACGAGGUGCCGAUGGUAGUGGGCUGAUUGUUGAUCCGGGCCCAGCGUCAAGCAACGAAGUCAAAAAGCUAGAUGAAGGUGGCGAAGAUGUGGCGUACGUCAAGCGCAAAGGUCAAGGACGACGGAAAGCAAAAAGUGGCCACGAAUUUGACGAUGAAGACACAGCACCACCAAAGAUCAAAGUUAAGAAGAGCGGGAAAAGACGAAAUGAUUCGAUUGAUGAAGACCUGUCAACCUCUACACUCCACGUACCGGCUGCAGAUCCAGCAUCGCCAAAGCAACGCACAAUCAAAGUUGUCACAACAGACAGUCUUACCGCCGCCCAAAUACUCUCAUCAAUAUCCAACAAGCCAACGAAGAAAUCCUCAAAUGUCUGUAUACUGAAUAUGGCCUCCCCGUUACGCCCCGGCGGCGGCGUGCUCGCUGGCGCAACGAGUCAAGAAGAAUUCCUCUGCGCGCGCACCACCCUCCUACCCUCCCUCAAAGAACCUUUCUACCGCCUACCUGAAUACGGCGGGAUCUACACGCCCGAUGUACUCGUUUUUCGCACCCCUGGGCCCCUCGGCGACAGCCACGGCGAAUUGGGUGCCGGGGAGAGGUACUACGUUGAUGUGAUCAGCGCGGGGAUGUUACGCUUCCCUGAUCUGGAAGGGGAGGAGGAUGAGAUGAAGAGGUUGGGGAAGAGGGAUCGGGAUGUUGCGGAGCGGAAGAUGCGUGCAGUGUUGAGGAUUGCGGAGGCGAAGGGUGUGAAGAAGCUGGUGCUUGGGGCGUGGGGGUGUGGCGCGUAUGGAAAUCCGGUUGUGGAUGUUGCUGAGGCUUGGAACCGUGUUCUUUCUGGCACGUUGACUGUGGGUGGGAAGAAGGGCAAAAUGGCUGUGAACGAGACGUGGCCGAAUCUGGAGAAUGUUUUGUUUGCUAUCUCAAAUCAUAAGAUGGCGAAGGAAUUUGCGAGGGCGUUUGGUGGUGGUGUUGAGGCUGAGGAUGGGCCACGCAGCUUUGACGAAGACGAUGAGGAGGAGGAUGAGAAGGAUAGGGCUGCACAGGAGUUGCGGACGAAGAUCGAGGAGAUGGAGAGCCAGAUCAGCAAGGUGUGGAACGUGGAUCUGAAGUCGAGGUUGGGCGUUGUGCUGGAUGGGUUGAAAGCGCAGUUGAGGGAGAGGCAGGGCGAGGAGGAUGGUAGCGAUGAGGGUGGUGUGGAGUCUGGUGAAGAUGAGGACGACUCAGAUGAACAUGAUGAAUUGGCUGGCGGGAGUGAUGACGGUUCUAAUGAAGACGCCGGCGAUCUUAACACGUUUUCUGAUGGUGUGGAUAGUAGUGUGGACAGCGGUGUCGUAGUCAAGUCAUAGUUCAUUGGCAUAUCUAAAAGUUUUGGGCUGG